AUGGUGCCUAUAACAAUUCCGCCGAUCAUUAUACCAACGAUCAUCAUACCGACGAUCACGCUACCGACCGUUCCGACAGUCACACUUCCGAUGGGCCCGACUGUUCCGGCCGCAUGUCCCAUCUGUCAGUGUCCCCAAACCAGCAACGGUCUCGUCACUGGCCUGUUGCAAAUCAUUUUUCAAAUCCUGCAGACGACCACAGGAAGCAAAACCGUGGCCUGUGCCUUGCCGGUGGCCGGUGUAACACUGCCCAACAUCAAUAACAUUCUUCUAGGGCAGCUGCAGAACAACGGCGUCGUUCCGGAUCUGCUGCAAGUGGUCAGCCAAGCGUUGCAAGGCCUUCUGGGUGGGACGGGUGGAGCUCUACCGAUCGCCCAAUCGCCACUGUCUGGCAUCAACGUGCUGUUGGGACAGCUGAAAAAUGCCGGCGUAGUACCGGAGCUUCUGCAAACCGUGAGCCAAGCGGUACAAGGACUUCUCGGAGGCGGAAGUUCUUCACUCGGAAUCGGAUCCAUACUAACCGGCGGACAGUCGCUGCCGCUCUGCCCUGGCGUAACGCUGCUACCUCCGACCUGUUCCGUCCAAACGACCAGCAGCAGUGCGGUGCAGCAGAUUGUGGCUCUCAUCACGGUUCUUCUGCAGAACCUGCUGGGUUGCGCAUCGCAGCUGCAGUGUGCUACUUCGCCCGCGGUCACUAUACCGCCCAUUACGAUACCGCCCAUUACGAUUCCACCCAUAACUUUACCGCCCAUCACCAUACCGCCGAUAACUGUAACACUACCGGUGAUAACCCUGCCAACGCUGCCUUCCAUAACCCUUUCACCAAUCGUUUCCCAACCAUCCGGUGCUUGUGGCAUUGCGGUGUCGGCCAAUUUGGGUUUGGUACAGCAGCUGCUUCAGAUAGUCUCGAACCUUCUGCAGGGCCUGCUUGGUGGAUCGAUACUUUCGCCAGUAACGUUAUCACCCGUAACAAUACCACCCGUUACUCUGCCACCGAUUACGCUUCCGGUCACAUUGCCGGCCAUAACGUUACCGGCCAUAACGUUACCCUCCAUAACGCUACCGAGUUUGGGUUCGGGUGGCACUGGAAUUUCGCUAUCGGUCCAGGCCAACGUGGAUCUGCUCAGUGAUCUGCUACCGGCGCUGAUCACAUUGCUUCCACUGCUUCUCGUACUGCUGCCCUCGCUGCUAGGGACACUGUCUUCGCUUCCCCUGCCGACGUCAGCGCUAGGCAUCCUCGCCGAUCUGCAGUCCAAUCUGGGGCUGCUGAGUGGAGUGGUGCCGGUUGUGUUGAGCUUGCUGGAGAGCCUGCUGGGUUCAGGUUCGGGCUCGGGUGGAAUAACAAUCCCGCCGAUCACUAUACCCCCGAUAACUCUACCAACUAUCACGCUGCCAACUGUUACACUGCCGACGGUUACACUGCCGAUCACACUGCCGGUCACACUGCCGCCGGUCACAAUUCCUACGCUACUCGAUGGCAUCCUAUAG